AUGCCACAAACUUACGACUUCCUCGUUGGCACGUUCAACACCCCUGAGCUCUAUACCCUGAGAUUCACCCCUCCCCUAUCGUCCUCGAAAGACUCUGCAGGCAGUCUCCAAGUCCUUCACUGCGCCACUGCCAUUGGGUCUCACUCCUGGUUGCAUCUCUCUCCCACCAAGCAGACUGGGAAGCGGAACCUGUACGCCACUGCAUGGACAGAGCCUCCCGCCGUGGUUGCCUAUGCCGUCAACUCCCCGACAGAUAUCCAGUUGCUGGGUAGUGCUCCAACUCGGUCUCGCAGUGGCUAUGUCACAGCGAACGAAGUAGCGCUCUAUUCUGCGGGCGGAGCUACAGGAGAGGUCUUUAGUCUGGAUCCCAAGACAGGCAAUAUUAUCGCACCGGUAAAUUCCAAUCAUGCUCAAGCCAAUGGGGUCGUCAAAGACGGAAGAAUCCAACCGCUUCAACUCCUCUCGUUUGUGGACGCAGACGCACAGCGUGAUGAUGGAAGUGUCAUGGACUUUGGAGGACUUCGCCACGGCGCUCAUUCCACGGACCUCUCGCCCGACGGUCGAGCCUUCUACGUUGCGGACAUUGGGCGAAAUUGUAUCUGGACGUUCGCAGUCGAUCCCAAAACGGGGGAAUUGACGCUAGGGGAGAAACACAUCUCGCCUCGUCCCACAGAUGGGCCCAGACAUGUCUGGCCUCACCCCAGCGGAAAAUUCGUGUAUUGCUUGCAGGAACAUACCAGCGUUGUGGACGUGUUCUCCACCACUAAUCACGGCGUGAAUCUGCAACAUGAACAGGGCGUCCGGAUAAUUCCUCUAGAGGAGAAAGCGGAGGACUACUGGGCCGACGAAGUACGGACGAGUUUAUCCUCGGGCGACAAACCAAAGUAUCUGUACGCGAGUACACGGGGACUGAAGGAGGGCAAGAGGGGAUAUGUUGCAGUAUAUAAGCUGACCAACGAAGGCCUGGUCGACACCUCGGUCACUGCCCACCCAUCGUACAGAAAGGCCGCCGCGAACUCCCAGGACGUGGCAUACAAUUUCGGUGGACUCUACGAAGGCUUACUGUACUUGUGGGAGACGCCUACGAGUGGCGGCUGGGCGAAUGCGAUCCAGCCCGGUCCGACGAUUGACGGAGUAGAGUAUCUGGCGCUGACCGAUAGUGAGGAGGGAUUUGUAUUUGUACUGGGCUGGGACGGUGUCGAGGUUAAAGAGGUUGCGAGGACGAAGCUGAACGAUGGCGCUGGAGCGGCGACGGCGGUGUGGUUGUGA